AUGGCGAUUGCGUUUCUUGCAUCUUGUUUAUACCAAGAAAAUGCUGCGCUUGGAAUGAUAAUGGCAUUGCUAAGAAAGCUGCUGGAUGUUUUAUCAGUGCGACAUAAAAUUGUACAGGUCAGUAGAAGGACCAGCAAAAAAAAUCGGCGGCAUAGGGCCCAGAGGGUUACGAGAUAUGAUUUACUGAAGGCUCACUAUCAAGUUGUGUGA